AUUUAUCCAAUUAAAGAUGAACAUAUUGUCAAAAGCUACUAUGAGAAAGAAAUACAGCAAAAACAAGGCACAAUCUGCUAAAGAUAUUCCUACACUUCAGGACGAGGCACCUUUGAUCAUGAAAAAGAGAAAGAAUUUGUUGAGGAAGAACUUGACUCUAUCACUUACAGAUUUCAUUGCCAAGCCUGAAGAGACUUAUGAUAUAAAUAACGAGUAUAAAUUUCUAGAAAAACUCGGUUUCGGGACUUACUCUCAAGUCCAGAGAGCAACUAGGCUCAAGGAUGGAACCUCUGUUGCAAUCAAGAUUUGUAGUGGCAGUACAAGUAUCGAGCUCCUCAAGAAGGAGAAACUCCUUCUUGAAGAACUUGAUUCUGAGUUCUUCCCCCAGAUUUUUGAUUUUAAAGUAGACAAAGUCUGGAACAAAGCAUACCUAGUAAUGGAGCAUAUCAAAGGUGAGACACUGGACAAUUAUAUCAGGAAUUGUUGCAAAAUACCUAAAGAAAUUAUUGAAGAUCUUAUUUGUCAACUCUGAGCAAUUAUUAAAUACCUCCAUUCCAAAAAGAUAUGCCACAGAGACAUUAAACCUGAGAAUAUUAUGGUCACUGAGAACAUGACUCUACGCGUUUUGGAUUUUAAUAUUAGUAAAAAGCUAAAAAAUACUCAAGAGGAUAUCAUCAGAGAUGAAGUGUUUUACACCCAAGUCAGUACGCCUAAGUAUUCAGCACCAGAAAUCACAUCAAAAUCUGGAUAUACUUCAGCAAUAGACAUCUGGGGAAUAGGUAUUAUAGGGUACCUUCUCUGAGGGGGAUCCUUAACAACUGAAGAAUUCAAUGAGGCUGAAGGAAUAUAUCAAGAAAAGAAAUAUUUCAAACAGUAUAUCCAAGACAGUCACUUUAUCUCAAAGGAUCUCAGAGACUUCCUUUCCACCUGCUUGAGCCUUGACCCAGCUGAGAGGCCAACAACCAAGAGCCAUUUCUUCAACUCAGACAUUAUAAACUCCAUUGUUGGUACCUAAAAAAGUACAGUAAAGCCUUCUGGAGGUGCUAUAGAAGACAAACUGGAAGCUUAAGGGACUUCUAAUGCUCUUUAAAUCCUAACUUAAUUCAUAAAAAAUCAAAUUUGCCU